CUUCUUUCGACCGCAAAAUCUCCGUCAGCUGUCACAUUUAUUUUCGAAUAAAAUCGCUAACGCUAAUCAGUAAUCGCUGUAUUGUUCCGUAAUGGUUAGUUUGUGAGCAUAGUUUUAUAUCGUAGGUCGUUAUAGUGCGAACGCCCCCUUUUGAAUCCACGAUCCAUAUUUAUUACAGCAUUUUGAUACCGUUGCUGGUCAACGACACUGCUGCAUCCCAAUCACGCCACGUUUCGCAAUUUAAAUGUAUUACUGUGCUUUGAUUUUCGUUCUUUUACAAGUUUUCUCAUUUACGGUCCAACAAUCUCAAGAAUCCCAAGUAAAAAUUGAAAUUACGUGUGGAACAUCAUUUCUUCAAAUCCAAACAUCACAAAGCCUUACUUUGGAGCAAUUGAGCAAAGCCAAAAAGAUCCGAAUAACAGAAGCCUUGAACAUAACAGAAUGUGUUAAAAGCUGUUGUAGGCCUACUUUAUUGAAUGAAUGCCACAUAGCAAUUGUGCAAAACACAACUUGCUACAAUGUUCGCUGUGAGAGUUUAGAAGAGUGCCGUCUUUCAGAAUCCAGUAGUAAAAACACAGUUCAAACAGUUCUUGUGAGAGAGUUUACAAGACAGUGUUCAGAGCUCUCAAAGAGUUGUGAGGUAGGAGUAGAUAAUUGUUUUGAGAAUGAAGAGUGCCAAUCUAUAAGCGAUCGACGUAGGAAUGGUUGUUGUGAAUGUAAAGAUGGUUUUAUGAGAAGUUUGAAUGGGACCUGCCUUGUCAGAAACAAAACUACUGAAAAUGAAACAACUGAUGUAGUUGAAACAACCUUUCUACCUUGGACCAGUAUUGUUACGACUCCAGCCACUACAUCAACUACGCGAUACAUUAGACAUUUAGCCAUUCAUAUUAGUCCCACAUCCAUCCAACUACCAGAGCUUAAAUCAAACAUAACCGCAAUUGUGGUUCCCGAUCCAGAGUUAGGUGAAGAAUACUCAUACACAUGGGUAGUUGUUAACUACCCCCAAGAUCAACAGCCUGGAACCAUUGAGGGAAAUAACGAAAAAACCCUGAAGCUCAGCCAAUUAUCUCCUGGGAAUUAUACUUUUCACAUUACCGUCAAAUCUCCAAAUUCUCUAGGAGAAGCUAUUGAAAAUCUUACGGUCCUUGCUCCGUUACGUGUCAACGAACCCCCUGUUGCUGUUAUCGUACCUUCAUCUCAAACUGUUCAUUUACCUAACAACGUGGCCAUUCUAGACGGCAGAACAAGCACCGAUGAUACAAAAAUUGUAUCUUACAAAUGGAACCUUGAAAAAGGACCCAUUAGUUACCAGUUUGAACCUAAAAGUCAGAUCACAUUGGAACUAAAUGAUUUGGUGCCGGGAAAUUACACGUUCGGCUUGACGGUGACUGAUAGCGACGGCGAUUCUAAUUCUACUCUAGCCAACGUAGAGGUCAUUAAAGAAACUGAUUAUCCACCGGAAGCGAACGCUGGGGAACCAGUUGUCAUCUACUUGCCUCAAAAUCAGAUUACCUUGAAUGGCAACAAAAGUACUGAUGAUCAUGGUAUCACUUCAUGGGAGUGGAUCUUAAUGAAUGACGGCUCGAAGCUCGGCACUAGUGAAGCUGUCAAAGCAGUUGAUAUGCAGAACACACGAACACCUUAUCCUCAAAUCUCCAAUCUUGCCGAGGGAAUGUAUAGGUUUCAGUUGAAAGUUUACGAUGUAGCCGGACAGUCUUCCACCGCUCAAGUUGAUGUCUUCGUACGACGUCCUGCAACUUCCGAACCCCGAGUCGACGCGGGAAAGAAUACCGCCAUUACUCUUCCAUUAAAUUGGGCCCUCUUGGAUGGAUCAAAGUCAAGGGCCGUCGAUGAUAUUGGAAUCCACAAGUGGCUAUGGACUCAACUCGAGGGUCCGAAUACAGCCACGCUUGUUGGGAACGACCAACCUCAGGUGAAUGUCACUGGGUUGACGAAAGGUCUAUACGUAUUCCAGUUAACAGCUUGGGAUGACAGUGGAGUUAGCGGAAUCGAUAACGUGUCCGUCUCAGUUCUUCAAAAGGAAAAUGAGAAACCCAAAGCAAACGCUGGUGGAGAUCAGUCUGUCUCACUUCCGUUGAAAUGGAUAAUCUUAAACGGCUCUGCUUCCACAGACGACCUGGGCAUUCAAUCAUGGCUGUGGACAAGAGAACCUGAAAGUUUGGCAGCUGGUGCCAUUAUUGCCAACAGUGAUCGUACGAAUUCUCUAAUGUUGACGAAUCUUGUUCCCGGUAAAUACGUAUUUCGUCUAACCGUUACGGAUGCCCAAGGCCUUUCAGAUCAUGAUGUCGCAACUCUCAUCAUUCAUUCAAACCCACGUGAACUCGAUGUGGUCACAAUCACCCUGAGAAGCGACCCUCGGAGCUUUACCGAUAGCGAGUUGACCACCAUUCGAGAACAGAUAGCGCUAUUACUACACCAACAAGGGAGUGUCAAUAUUAACAUAAACAUUGAUGACGUCAUGGUUGAACCAAAAUCGGGCUAUACACGCACGGUUUUGCAAUUUUUCACUACCGUCAAAUCGGAAAAUGGUUGGCGAACUCUGCGAGGAACAGAAGUGGCUGCUUUAUUGAAAAAGAAGCUCCGCAACGACAUAAAUCUCCUGGCAUACCCGGUGCUUGAAGUCGAUACUUUUAUUUGUCAAAACAACUGCUCAGGCCAUGGAGUAUGCGAUCAAGUUACUCGUCGUUGCAACUGUCAGACCUUUUGGAUGGAGAAUCCUAUUUCAGUGUCUAAUGGAGCUGAUUACAACUGCGACUGGAGCUUAGUAUAUGUGGUCAUCAUUGUUGUAAUCUUGGUGAUCCUCAUGGUGCUAACUUUUGGGUCCCUAGUUUAUCUUUGCCGUAAAGGAGUCUUGCCUUGCAAACAAUGUUGCCCCAAAAAGCGACGUCGGUUGCACCGAUAUUCACCCUUGGCAGAUCCUGAAAUAAUGCGGAUGACCCAUAAAGUGUCGAAUAGUUUGCUACCGUCAGACUUGGAUUCCGACACGGAUUCGGAUGUUAUCUUCGAAUCAAAAGGAAACGGCCAUGCCAACGGUCGAUUAAUAAAUGGAAGAUCGGAAGAGAUCCACGCUUGAAAAUGUAAGACCAAGAAGAAACUUCUGCUAGUCCGGUUGCAUGCACAUCAAUUUGUGAUAUCCUUUUUUCCCUCUUGGAACACAUGAGAAAAGUUUUAUGAUGAGAAUUUCUAUUCAGAGAAGAAUUUGUAAACUGUGCAAUAGUUUCUCUGUAUCUGUAUGCCUAUUUACAAGUAAAAUGUUUAGCUAUUGUUAGCUGAAUUGCUUAAAAUUUGUAUAAAAACCAAACUUCACAGCUAUAACUUUAUUGGUUUGGGUGUUUGUGUGAUUGAAUAAGUCGCAUUACUGAAAUACAGUAAAUUUCAGAAUCAA